UCUUUUAGAAUUGUUAAAUGAUGAAUAACGAGUACUCGUAUAAGAGGAUUACGUACCCAAUGCGCAGUUAAGUGUUUAUAAAGUACGUGAAUCGACCCAUGCUUUUUCAGAUGACAGGUGGUUUAAGAUUGUAAACAAAUUACAAGAAAAACAUGGAAGAAGGGUUAGAACUGCUGGAGCCAACGGAGUUGUACAAUAUGCUACAACAGGCGACAAUUUUCUCUAAUUUGACUGAUCCUAAUUAUAUGCUGUUGAUGGAUGCUAGAAAUAAAAAUGAAUACAACGAGAGUCAUGUUGUUACUGCUAAAAAGGUGCCAAAGAAUGAAGAUGGAUAUUUUGUGUUACCCUAUGAUGCUGAAUUAGAAUGUAAACAGAAUAUUGUAGUAUAUGAUAGUAAUACAUCAACCGUAAGAGAAGCAGAUGCACCUGCUUUAGAAUGUGGACGAAUGCUGUGGGAUAUGGGAAGUCGAAACAAAGUGAAAAUUCUCAAAGGUGGAUAUGAAGAAUUUUCAGCACUUUAUCCAUUCUUGCGAACACAAAAGAUUAUGUUUAUGCCAAAGGAGAUGGACGACAACCUGAAGCCCUACCCUACAGAAAUCAUGCCGGGAGUUUUGUAUCUCGGGAACUGGAGACAGGGAAAUGCUUCCUACAUACAAAAGGACUUAAAAGUGAAAGGACAUGUAAACUGUUGUGUGGAAUCGGAGACUUUUUUUUCAGAUCCUGGUCCACAUUUGCUCCACAUUCAGGUAGAAGAUGACAAUGAUGCAGACAUCUAUAGCAAAUUCCAAACUGCCUGUACAUUUAUUGAUACCCACAAAGACAACAACCAGGUGGUGCUAGUGUUCUCUAACCUCGGGAUCAGUAGGAGUGCCACCAUUGUCCUGGCCUAUCUCAUUCACAAGUUCAAAUGGACCUUGCAGGAAGCAUACGAUCAUGUUUUGAAGUGUUGCAGCACAAUCCGACCCAACCGAGGGUUCAUUGAACAGCUGUCACAGUGGGAGGAAGCCAUACUGGGGGCAAAAAAGACUAAUAUUGAGGACCCUAAUUUCUGAAACCAAACUACACAUUUGUAUUUCAUUCUCAAUGUAAUGUUCCAACAUUCUGAAGUUUUUCAGAAAGGAAUUGUUCAUAGAACAAAUUGUCCAUUCACAGAUGUGUUUGUGAUAAUUUCCACUAUCUUUGGAUUAUUCAUAAUACUAUGCAUGGCUAUUCAUUUAUUUUAUUUUUUUUUCAAAGUUUGUGUGAAGAAAGUGGAAUACCCUAUCAUGGAACUGUGUGUACAUUGAUACAUACCAUACAAACACUGAAUACCACAUUUCUAUUGGUUGAUGGAAUAUGUAUUGUACAUGUAAAUAUAAUUGUCCAAAGUGUUCCUUUAUAAACAUUUUGUUUAAAACUCUUGAAAUAAAAUAAAAUAUAUUGUAUAUAAGCA